AUGGCUCUUGGUGCUGCCCUCCUCCACAAGGCUUUCAGGAAGCGUGGCAGAGGCAAGGGAAGGCAGCUGCCCAACCUCAGGGCCUUCAUAGACCCGCUUGACAUCAGGCCAGCUGAGGGCGCUGGCACUUCUUUGAUAGGCGCCACUGUGGCGGCCUCAGACCUGUUUGCCAUUGGUGGCAAAGCUGCACGCACGAGGGCCACCCCAGAUUCUGCCACCAUUGGCAUUGGCAUUGACCACUUGUCUGGCGUCAGGGUCCAAGCAGCCUGCAACGGCCUGUGGGGUUACCGAGCGUCCACAAAUGCAGGCCCCAAGGACGGGGCUGGCACCAUUGCGGGACCAUUGGACGCCUUGGGGUGGAUGACCAAGGACCCUGCCCUGCUCACAAAAGUGGGCAUAGCCCUGCAGCUGCCUGGAGUGGUCUCAAAGGGGGAUUUGCUGCAAGUGAUCGUGGCAGAGGACCUGUUCAAAGCAGUAGUGCAGGAUCCGCACCAUCUGUUGCUGCGAGCCUCGUACAAGGCUGCCCGGGCUUGGGCAGGCCACGAGGAGGUGGCCAGGGGCCUCAUGAUGAACUUCCUGUUCGAUGCCUGCCCCGCUGCCCACUACUUCAUUCAGGCACGAGAUGAGAAGGACAGAGCGGAUGUGCACAACAUCAUGGAGGGCUUGAGGGCGGCAGCAGCCGCCGUGCAGGCAGCUGAGUUCAGAAAAGCAUAUGGCCACCUCUCCCAGGAACCCCAGUCAGCAUCACCUGAAAUCCUGGACCAGCUGAAGAGGGCUCAAGAGGUGUCGGAGGAGGCAGUUGCACAGGGCAGGCGCGUGAUGGAGCAGGCGGCAGAUCAGCUGAAGGAGAUCCUUCGGGACGGCAACUUACUGAUGCUGCCAGUGUUGCCGAGCGCGCCGCCGGACAGGACGGCUCCUCCGGAGGAGCUGGCCGCGUUUGAGCGCGCCGCCCUGCAGCUGUGCUCCAUUGCCGCCUUGGCAGGCCUGCCACAGGUGUGCAUACCAGUGAUAGUGCCGGGGCAGCCGCCGGCCAGCGUGGCAUUGGUGGGCCUGCAGAGGUCGGACAUGCGGCUGCUGACGGCUGCCGAGAAGCUGGGGCCGCUGGUUACGGAUGCCGCGGUGAAGCUGGCCGCUGCGCAGCAGCACGAUGCCGCUGUUGCUACCAACGGCGGCUCGGCCACGGCUGCGCCUUCUCCGAAGCGGCCGACGGCCAAUGGAACAGCCAAGAAAGCAGCAGCUGGGAGCAAGGCGGCGAGGAGUGCGGCCUCCGCGGCAGAGGCGGAGACGCACAAGGCGGCAGGAAACGAGCUGUUCAAGGCUGGCAGCUUCGAAGAAGCUGUGAAGGAGUACAGCAGCGCCAUAGAGCUCAACCCUGACAGCCCAGUGUAUUACUCCAACCGCGCCAUGGCGUACCUGCAGAUCAUGCAGUUUGCAGAGGCGGAGGCUGACUGCGACCGUGCAUUGAAACGUGAGAUCAGCGUGAAGACGCUGCUGCGGCGCGGCACGGCUCGGCGAGGCAAGCACGAUCUGGAUGGCGCGCGCGCAGACUUCAAACAAGUCCUCGCGCUGGAACCCAAGAACAGGCAAGCACGCACUGAUCUCAUGGCGCUGAAGGAAGAGGAGAAGGCUUUGAGGGCAGAAGCAGAGACAUUGCAGGCCCAAGCUUUUGAUGCUGCUGCCACCGGAACAAUCGAGGAGGAUGUCUUCUUGUAG